UGUGCGCGCCGUGUGCUGUUGUGGGAAGUCGUGUUUCCUCGAAGAUCAGAGAGGCGAUUGUGUUAAAAGAGAAAGGAUGCCUCUACCCGCAGCACUGCUGGCCCGCUUGGCCAAGAGAGGGAUUGUUAAACCGUCAGACCAAGAGGCAGAUGAGGAGAUUAUUGCUGAAGAUUACGAUGACAACAAUGUGGAUUAUGAAGCUACAAGAGUGGAGAGUCUUCCCCCAAACUGGUAUAAAGUGUUUGACACUGCCUGUGGUCUUCCUUAUUACUGGAAUGUGGAGACAGAAUUGGUGGCCUGGCUGUCCCCAAAUGACCCAACUGCAGUGGUAACAAAACCUGCCAAGAAGAUUAGAGCUGAGGGAGGAGACGAAAGAAUUAUCGAGAGGCCGUUUGAGAAGUUGGAAAGAGAGCGGGAGCGGGAAAGAGAAAAAGAGCGGGAAAAGGAACGGGAGAAGGAACGGGAGAGAGAGCGAGAGAGAGAGAGGGACGAAGGGAGGGAACGAGAGAGAAGAAAGCCGAGGAGGGAGGACCCAGCGCCGUACAGUAAGACCAAAAGAGGGAGAAAAGAGGAUGAGAUGGACCCCAUGGAUCCAAGUGCUUAUUCUGAUGCCCCGAGGGGCACGUGGUCAACGGGCCUGCCCAAGCGCAAUGAAGCAAAGACUGGUGCAGACACCACAGCGGCGGGGCCCCUGUUCCAGCAGCGGCCCUACCCCAGUCCAGGGGCCGUGCUUCGGGCUAAUGCAGCGAACCAAAUACCCAAGGAGUAAGCCAGGCUCCCAGGAAACAACUAAGACACAGUUGUACAGUUUGUCUUCCCUUUGCCGUUACAGACUGACACCUCUUAAGUUUUCAUUCUGAAACGUGUAAAUGUCAGAAAUUGAGCGCUGAGCUUCUACACCACCGGUGCUUUUAUUCUCUUGUCAAACAUGUAGAAAUGUUGUAAAUACUUUUUUAUAUGACCUAAAGAUUGACUGUGUUGUUGUUAAAGGCCAUUAGUGGACUUUAUUUGCUAAUAAACUUAAAGAUUACUGUGAUAAAGACUCGUUGCAACUUUUCUUCGUGGGUUGGUGGCAGAUCUUGUAAUAAUAUCUGUACAAAUACAAUUCUUGACAACGUUUUAUUACAAAAUAGCGAUGCUUUAAAAUCCAUUAUUUUUGAAUAUCACAAAAACAACAUUUCACGUGGGAUGAAGGGCGGGGGACGUUUGAAUCAGUUGUCUGCUGCUCCUACAUACUGACAAAUGGUGUCGUAAUCCAGAGGGAACACUUUCUCGUCAUGUCGUUCGAGCUGGACCAUCGCCCGACACUUGUUCUUGUCCCGUUGGAGGAUACGGCCGACCUGAACACACAACCGCACACUGAUUAGUAACGGCACAAACCAGCGCACGUAUACGCAGGAACCACGAUCCUUUGCUUACCUGUCCUCUGUGCUCGCCCAGUACAACCAUUAUAGAAUCGUUAUCACUUUUAGGAAUAAUGGUUUCCAGCAUGUCCUGCUUCACAUCUGCCAUCGAAAUGAGAAACCGUGGGUUUAUAACAGUUACUGGAGCAGCAGAUAUUAAAUGUCACUCAUGUAUUUACCAAAUCAUAGCCAAUAAGGAACUGAUGAACCAACACAAAGAGAGACUGAGACGACAUUAAUGACUCACUGUCCAACAGUCUUCCCUCCUCAGUUCUACACACACAGAUAGUCGGACUCAGGACAUCCUCCACACACAUCUACAAGAAAACAAGACCGAUGUUAAC